CUGCGUGACGUAAAGGAAUUGCGGAAGCUGCCGCGUGACCUCUGCCGAGCGCAAGAGAGGCGGCAUCUUCGCAGUAAUGCAGGCUGCAAUGGAAAUAUCCCACAGGUACUGUAGCAGUGAGUUAGAGAGCUACGGCAGUUGCGUGUCUUCUCAUCCAUCUUCAUGGCAGCAUGACUGCCAUCACUUGAAAGUCCAGGUGGCAAAGUGCACCUCUUCUCAUCCUGUUAUCCAAAAGAUCCGGACAGACUGCAGUCAACCCUUUUCUGCUUUUGAGCAAUGUCUUAAAGAGAACCAGAACUCUGUUGCCAACUGCUCAGAUCAUAUCAACAAGUUCUUGCUUUGUGCAGAGUCUGUCAAACAUCCAAGUUUAGGGGAUGCCGUACCACCUCAGGCUUAGACCUCUUCCAGGCUCUUCGUCAUCAUCUGGACACUGGUGAUUUCAAUAUUCAUAGAAAAAACAUAUUGCAUUUUACUUUGGGGACGUUAUUCUCUUUGGUUUAUAAUUGUAAUAUUUAUUCACAAGGAAAAUACAUGUUUUUCUAGAGAAACAGAA